UGGGUCUAGUGUCUCCCUAAAUUUGCAGCACCAAGAGAAGGCCAGUCAUGAAAGUGGUACAUACAAGAGAAGGCCUCCCAGCUGAGACGUUCACCACAUACCACUGUUAGUUAAAUCCCCAGCCUGAACUCAAUUUCAAGUGAAGUUGGGAGCCGUGCAAGGUGUGUGUCAUGGGCAUCUUACUGAUGAUAUAUGCAUCACUUUCUCUUUUGCUAGUACUUGGGUCACUAGGAAAUCUAACAGAGUUAGCAUCUGGAGUUGUAACAAGCCACAGCCCCGUAGGGAAUUGGGCGCAUCCAUCACUUGCCAUGCUUGAUGGUUGCCCCAAGAGCUGUGGCAAUCUGAGCUUCGACUACCCCUUUGGCAUCGGUUCAAGGUGCUCUCGGGAUCCUGACUUCAACCUCAUUUGCAACGACACUGCUAAGCCCCCCAGGCUGUUCUUGUGCGACAGCUUCACCGAGGUGAUCGGCUUUAAUGAUCCUUUCUCGUAUUUAAACUUCAUCCAGGCCUCCUUCUCGCAUAGCAUUCCCAUGCAGUCUGGUGUCAGUGUUUACAACUUGUCUUUGGAACCACCUGGGAGGUCCUUCUCUCUUGUGUCCACUGUUCUAAACAUUACCGGCUGUGAUCUGGAGAUAUACUCUGUCGGAGACGAUGCCACCACGUUGAUAUGCAGCACUGUGUGUUUGGAUCAUGGAAUCCCAGAGAUGGGGGCUAUGCGCAACUGUAAAAAUACCUCUGGAUGCUGUCGUGUUGAUGUGGAUGGUAACGGGAGUUUUCGGCUCAAAUUUGUCUAUAACCACAGCAAAAGCAAUAUUGAUGCACGCUCUGACCAGAGCUCUCAUCUGUGGGAUAGAAUCAGCAUCACUAGUGAUGGGCCGAGUGGCUUUCUGCUAUUGUGGCAGAUAGUUGACCAAUCCAGCUGCGUUGCAGCCAAGCAAAACAGGAGAGACUAUGCCUGCAUCGGCGAGCAUGCCAAGUGCAUUGACGGAAGCCAUGGCUACAGCUGCAUGUGCAGGACUGACUAUAGAGGCAACCCUUAUAUUCCAGAUGGUUGCUCCAAGCCCAAGGACAGAGGGUAUAAUCCAAUUCCGAGCAGGGAUGAUUGCCACCAUUUGUGUGGUAACACUAGUGUGCCAUUCCCAUUCGGCUUAGAAGAGGGUUGCUCUGCAAGUGAACAGUUCCUCCUCAACUGCACAAAUAUGACGUCAUCACCUGUCCUCAUGUUGGGGAAUGUCCAGGUCGUCGGCAUAAAUGUUAACGAAGGGACUGUUAAUGUUACCAGUCCCGACCAACAAGGCAGAUCUGUCAUAUCUGAAAAUUUUAUGUUUCCUAUUCUUUUUCCUUCUGGGCCAUUCUCCUCUGUGCAAUGGGUUGUUGCUAAUCUAAAUUGUGUAGAGGCCCAACAGAACAGGUGUGGUUAUGCUUGUGUGCAUAUCAACACAGUGUGUGUGAACGUAAGUGCUGAAGGGCUCGGUGUUGUUGCUGGUUACCGCUGCAAAUGCUCAGCUGGCUUCGGAGGAAAUCCAUACAUGGAAGAUGGUUGCAUGGAUAUUAAUGAAUGCGUAAGUCAACGGAGUGGCUGUAAAGAGAGAUGCAUUAAUAUAGUUGGAAGCUUCUAUUGUACUGAAUGUCCUCGCAAUACUGAGUAUGAUCCAUUAAAGCACCGGUGUACUAAGACAAAACAACAACCUCUGCUCUUAGGUAUAAUCAUUGGGUUGUCCUGCGGUUUCAGCAUUCUACUUCUGAGCUUCAGUGCAAUACUUCUCGCUCGUAGAUGGAGAAGAAAUGUUCAAAAGAAACUACGAAAGAACUAUUUCCAAAAGAACCAAGGUCUUCUCCUAGAAAUAUUGAUAUCAUCUGAUGAAACUGCAAAUGACAAUACAAAGAUUUUCUCGUUAGAAGAGCUAGAGAAGGCAACAAAUAACUUUGAUCCUACACGUAUCAUCGGGCGUGGGGGCCAUGGCAUGGUUUACAAAGGCAUAUUAUCUGAUCAGCGUGUCAUUGCGAUAAAAAAAUCUAAGGUCAUCGAGCAGUGUGAGAUCAGUCAGUUUAUCAAUGAGGUCGCAGUCCUCUCUCAGAUAAACCACAGAAAUAUUGUGAAGCUCUUUGGAUGUUGUCUCGAAACUGAGGUUCCACUGCUGGUGUAUGACUAUGUAUCCAGUGGUUCACUGUCUGAAUUUCUUCAUUCAGAUGUAAGUGAUGGUUUUUCGUUGUCUUGGAGUGAUUACUUAAGGAUUGCCCUGGAAACAGCAGGAGCUCUAUCUUAUCUCCACUCUUCAGCUUCAAUAUCAAUCUUCCAUCGUGACGUGAAGUCCUCAAAUAUACUUUUGGAUGGUAACCACACAGCUAAGGUGUCAGAUUUUGGUGCAUCCAGAUUAGUUCCGAUAGAUCAAACACACAUUGUCACGAAUGUGCAAGGUACAUUUGGGUACUUAGAUCCGGAGUAUUUCCAUACCAGGCAGCUGAACGGGAAGAGCGACGUGUACAGUUUUGGUGUGGUACUAGUGGAGUUGCUUCUCAGAAAGAAGCCCGUUUUUACAUGUGAAUCUGGCACUAUCAGGGGCUUGUCAAGCUAUUUUCUCCACGAAUUCAGUGAGGGGAGAAUCACGGCUAUUGUUAGUCCCCAGGUCCUGGAGGAGGCAACUGAGGAAGAGAUCAACGGUGUCGCCUCUCUUGCAGAGCGGUGCUUACGACUGCAUGGUGAAGAAAGACCCACCAUGAAACAGGUGGAGACGGAACUGCAGACUCUACAGGAGAAACAUAUGAACUCAUCUCAGGCAGAUUCGAGGAAUGAAGAACCGAUGCAACCGAGGUCAUUAACUAGAAGGACUAGAGCUGCUUGGCAAUCUUCCGCUGCGGGAUUGGGCGAGAGAGCCGAAAUGCAGUCAAGAGGCUGUUAUAGCUUGGAAGUAGAGUUCAUGGCAUCUGCUACCCUUCCACGCUAG